AUGUCAGAAAAGAGUAGAUACAACCCCCUUAUCUCCUCGCCGCUCAAUCCAGAGCCCGCGACGCCUGAGUGUCCGUCGCGUUCGAAGAAACCCCGAACGUCGCGCAAACUAGCGAACCCAGCCAGCCCGACACAGCAACUGCUGCGCCAAAAGGCAGCCGUGGCAUGGCGGUCCGAGACCUCGCAGCAUGUUCUCCAGGACCAGCCCCUGCCGCCAAGCAUCCAAAGUGCUCACCACGGAAAAGAAAACGGCACAAGGGCUGCAAGCAAGUUCGAGACCGAUAGCGACAACUUCCACGUGGGCAUCGAGAUGGCCACAGAAUCGCACAGGCUGGCCACAGACGCAGCAUUUCCGGCCCGCCAGCACAGUAACGGCGCAACCACGCGACGCAUCCUCAUCGCCAUCGUGCUCCUCUGCGUCCUUGGCAUCGUCCACGGUCUGCUUGCCAUCCGCCACGCCUUUGCUGAGAGGCCUCCGCCGAUUCCAUAA